CAUAGUAAAAUUUUAUUUUUUUUUUUUUAGUAAAAUUUUACUAUAAUAAACAAGUUUAUUAUUAUGGCAUUUACCUACUAUUAUGUCAAUCUUUUAAUUAAUUCAAUACAGUGUUGGUAACUCAAAGAAAAAUUAAUACUUAUGAUAAAAUUAAUACUUUCUCAGCUUCGCAUCGAAGAUAAAAGUACACGCAAAAGUUUGGAUAAUUAUUUUAUGCUCAAGUUCAGUUGUAAUUACACAUAAUUUCAUGAAGAAAUUUCACUUAGAAAUAUUAAAGUGUUAAUUUUAAUUAUCUUUACGGAGUUAAAAUAAUACGAGUUUAGAGCGUUAAAGUGAUAAGUGGCUUUCUUGUUAAGAGACUAUUGGUUACAGUUAAACUAGAAUUCGAAUUUUGAAUUCUAAAUCCAUAAGAAUUAAAUUCAAAAGACUUGAAAUUUUUACUGUAACAUUGUAUAUUUCUUGGUUGAUAAGUGUCAAUGUUCAACAUAAUGUAUUCAAUUUAACAGUCUGGUAUAGUAAAUGUAAAUUAAAAAAGACUCAACCCAACUUUCAUUAUCUCACAUAAUUAUUUCUAGUCAAAACUUCUGCAAUAUUUUUUUGUGAUUAAUAAUACCCCCUCAAAAUUAUUUCCUGGUUGUACCUCUGUAUCAAUUUUUAGUGAAAUCUCUACCCACACUACAAAUCUGCGUACACUACUCCUUAUUACAUUUUAGUAUGAAGGUCUAUAGUUUUUUACUAAAAUAUAAAAUUAACAAUAAAAUUUAAAAUUAUCUGACAAAUACUUUCUUAAGAACUAGAAUUUGAUUUAUAUUUUAAUGCACUAGCAUACUCUAAUUUGUUAGCCAAAUAAUGAUUUUAAUUCACAAUUGUUAAGGCAACAAUAUUUAUUUAUUUAUUUAAACAAUUUUCAACAGUCAAUUAGCUACAAAAAUAAUUUGAAUAAAAAUUUUAAAGAUUAAUACUACACUUGAGUAAUGAGUAUUAAUAAAAAUAACAAUUAAAGGCGAUCCAUGAAUAUUUUGAAUAAGGAAAAAAGGUAACAUGCAGAUAACAACUACAACUGAUAUUGCCACAGAAAAAUCAAUAAAACCUGUUGAAGUUAGUCGUAUUGUUUUAUAUCCAGAAAUUUCAAUUACAUAUCCAAUUAGGCCUUGGACAUUUUGGUACAAAAAAGCAACUGUAUUAAAUCCACAACUACCAUGGGAAGAAAACCUUAUCAAGAUUGACACCGUUCGCGAUGUUAAUUAUUUAUGGAAAUUAUUGAAUCAUAUCAUUCAACCAUCAAUUAACCAUUUAAAUACAAGUUUAUUUGUUUUUGAUGAAAAAAGUUUACCUGUAUGGGAACAUGAGACGAAUAGUGGCGCUGGACGAUGGAUUAUAAUAUUAAAACCAAACCGUUGUUUAACUAAGACAUGGAAUAAUUUGGUUUUGAGUGUUAUUGGUGAUAGGUUCUCAGAAGUUUCCAGUGAUAUAAACGGAAUAUCCGUACAUGUAAAAUCCACGAGUUCUAAAAUAACACUAUGGACAACCAAAAUAACAUUAGAAAAUUAUAAAAACAUUCUCAUGAUUGGUUUAAUUGCUCAAAAGGUUAUAGGACAUCAAAUAAGACGAAUACAUUACUUUACUCAUAACAGAUUACUUAAAUAAAGAAAACAUGUUUUUGAAUGCUCAAUUAAUU